AUGGAGUACACUUCAUCCCCGAAACCGCAGCUCUCAUCACGGGCAAAUGCUUUCUCCAUAGCCGCCCUGAUGUCCAGUGGGAAGCCCAAUAAGGACAAAGAGACGGAGGAGAACACCAUCAAGCCUCUCGAGCAGUUCGUGGAGAAGUCCUCCUGCAACCAGCAGUCUCUGGCUGACCUCUCCUCCCUGGACGGGCACGGGGACUUCAGCGGGAGCGCGCCCGCCGUGUGCACGGAGCCGCUCAUCCCCACCACUCCCGGCAUCCCUAGCGAGGAGAUGGCGAAGAUCUCGUGCACCUUGGAGACCAAAGAGCUGUGGGACAAGUUCCACGACCUCGGCACCGAGAUGAUCAUCACCAAGUCUGGAAGGAGGAUGUUCCCCACCAUCCGGGUCUCUUUCUCCGGGGUGGACCAGGACUCCAAGUACAUCGUGUUGAUGGACAUCGUCCCGGUGGACAACAAGCGGUACCGGUACGCCUACCACCGCUCCUCCUGGCUGGUGGCCGGCAAGGCCGACCCUCCGCUGCCCGCCAGGUUGUACGUGCACCCGGACUCGCCGUUCACGGGAGAGCAGCUCGUGAAGCAAAUGGUUUCCUUCGAGAAAGUGAAACUGACAAACAACGAGCUGGACCAGCACGGACACAUCAUCCUCAACUCCAUGCACAAGUACCAGCCGCGGGUCCACAUCAUCAAGAAGAAGGACCACACCGCCUCCCUGCUCAACCUCAAGUCCGAGGAGUUCCGCACCUUCGUCUUCGUCGAGACCGUCUUCACCGCCGUCACGGCCUACCAGAACCAGCUGAUCACCAAACUGAAGAUCGACAGCAACCCGUUCGCCAAAGGCUUCCGGGACUCGUCACGGCUCACGGACAUGGAGAGGGAAAGUGUUGAGAAUCUGAUCCACAAGCACUCGUACGCCCGGUCGCCGAUCCGAACCUACGCCGGCGACGAGGACAACAUGAGCGAGGACGGGCACGGCGCCCACGCCAGAGCCUCCGCGUUCACCGCCUCGGACAACCUCUCCCUGAGCUCCUGGGUCACCGCUUCGGGGUUCCCGGGCUUCCAGCACCCACAGGCCCUGCCUCACCCCAUCCAGGGCUCCCUGCCCCCCUACAGCCGGCUGGGCAUGCCGCUGACGCCCACCGCCCUGGCCGGAACCAUGCAGGGCAGCGGGCCGUCCUUCCCUUCCUUCCACAUGCCCCGCUACCACCACUACUUCCAGCAGGGGCCCUACGCCGCCAUCCAGGGACUCCGCCACUCCUCCACGGUCAUGACGCCCUUCGUAUGA